AGGGUGGCUGCCCGGAGUCUUCCCCGUUAUUCAGAGCCCUCGGCUUUUUUUUCCCUCGGGAGCGGCGUAUCCUUUCGCGAGGCACGUGGUGACAGUCGCGCUGCCUGUCGCAGCCCCCUUCCGCAGACACCUCCGAAGCAGCGCGCAGACCAGAAGUUAAAACACCACUGGGGAGGCAGCUUGAAUAAAGCCUCUCUCUCCCCUGAGAUACCGCCCUCAACACGCGGACUGCUGUGCCUCAGGUGUAUUCCGCCUCGCGUGUAAGAACUAGGGGCGCCUGACUGAAAGAAGCCCAAAUGGUCAACCAGAAUGGCAGGCCUGGCCCCCCGCUGCCCAGGCCGGGGGCUCGACCAGCUUCAUCGCCGGCUUAACCUGCGGUAACGCCUCUGGCAGCGUUUCCUGGCCCUGCGCUAUCUGUCGGUUAAACGAGAGUGCUGCUGGCGGCCCGCUCCAGAUCACCACGGUCUUUUGUGCUGUGACUCCUGCAUGGAAAUAAGAGCGUCUUCCUAUAUGCUGUCUUGUCUGAAACCCCUCAGAGUAAAUGGCUUUGACAGGAUUUAUUGCUUGAGCUGUACCGGGUGACAUGCAUCCCAUCUGAUGCUGGAGAGCUCUUCAAUCCUUUUGUUCAUUGUAUUCGUCCUGCUCUUCCUUCUGCUGCUCUUUGUGGUACUCAUCAGGAAAAAUGGCACUGCUGCCCUUAUCUGGAAUGAAAUAAUCCGGGAGAAAAUAACCAAUUUCAUCAUGAAUCAGAGCAAAGAACAGAGGAUUUUAAAUUUUGUGCUGCAGAAUGCAGUCCGAGGGGACCCCUGUAGUGUCGUGGACACUAUAGAUAAGUACUGCUCCCAGAAAGAGUGGGCGAUGAACGUGGGCAAUGAGAAAGGUUUAAUUCUAGACAAGACAGUGGAGGAGAUCAAACCAUCAAUUGUUUUGGAGCUGGGAACAUACUGUGGUUACUCAGCAGUUAGGAUUGCUCGGCUAUUGAAAGCUGGUGCUCGUUUCCUCACUGUGGAGUUCAACCCAGAGUUUGCUGCAAUAGCUAAACAGAUGAUCGAGUUUGCUGGAGUACAAGAUAAGGUAAAAGUCCUUGAAGGCCCUUCAGAGGAAAUUAUCCCCCAGCUGAAGAAAAAAUAUGAAGUGGAUACUCUGGAUUUUGUCUUUCUUGACCACUGGAAAGACAAGUAUUCACCAGACACCAUCCUGCUUCAGGAAUGCAACUUGCUGAGGAAGGGCUCAGUUCUUCUGGCUGACAAUGUCAUCUACCCAGGAGCUCCAGAAUUCCUUAACUAUAUCCGCAACAAUCCCCGUUUCCAAUGCACUAACUACCCAGCUCAUCUGGAAUAUAUGCAAGUGGAGGAUGCUAUGGAAAAGGCUGUAUUUUUGGGAUGAAGAGAGCCAUCAAUACUCAACUUCUGUUUCAAAUUAUGUAAAUGCAACUGCACAGAUUAACUUGUCUGUGCUUUACAUUUUGCUUUUUGUAUUUUGGAGCCUUUAAUUAAAGCAAGCUCUAGUGGAGAUCAUUUUAGGCCAGGUGGAAAUCAAGAUCUGGAGCGUGUAAGUAGAGUAACUGCUCAAAGACCUGUUUCUGUUGUUUCACAUAGUUCUGCAAACCAAGGUGAUGUAUGUUGCCUUGCCUUGACUAACACAUCACUGAACACAGUCUGUUACUUUGAGCUCGAACCCAAGCAACCACAGUUUAGGGUAGGGGUGGGGUGGAGAAAAUCACUGCAGCUUCUGAAAACUUGGGUCCCAAAGCUAAACUAACUACUCAUUCUCAAGAGUGAAGAAAGCAUGCACGUUGCAGGAAAAGAGCAUCUCAGACACAGUGAUUUUGCUAAAUUACUAGCAUGCCACUUCAUGCAGUGAAGGCUCCUACAGUGAUAGCAGAUGCAUUUUUGCAUAGUUACUGCAAAUGUUCAUCAUCAGUAUGCUGGAAAAAAGGGCAUGCGCUGAAAGAAGAGAGACCCAUGCAAUGAUGAGAAAAUAAAACAGAAUUUUGCAGAAGGCAGUGCGAACAAGAUUAUUAAGCUGCACAUGUGGAGGCAUGGAAAACUGAAGAAGUAAGUGCAUUAAAAUAAACACAAUAACAGAUAAAAGGAGCAAGUUCUUUUGAACAGAAUACCAGAAUUACGUAAAAUCACUGAAACCUUGAGAUCAUUACAUUUACUUACCGCCUUAAUACAUUGUACAUACAUAGCAAGUACUUCUUAGGGGCAGAGCACGCAGAUUACUCUAGACAAGCACUCUGUAUGUCUAAGGCAUUGCAUAAUGAUGACAGCAGAGAUACUCGGUCUUCCCAGGUGGCUCCUGCACACCCUGGUUAACCUGAGCGUUGUAGUUGAACGCUAUGUAAAUAGCAAAUGUUACCACUGUGAAAAUAUAGAAUCAAAUCUGAAGUGUCUAACUCACCUGAACAAGGCAACAAUCCACUGGCAUUUUGUGGCAUGUCCAGUUGUUAUAUAAUGAGGCAAUGGUCACGUUUAUAAGUAAAAACUAAAAAAAAGAAUAGUAAGAGCAGGCACAUGACUUCCUUUGUUAUGGAUGAAUUCUGCACUGCACUUGUGAUUUUCAGCCUUGGAACAGCCACAGAAAGACCCAACAGUUGAAAUACAAAGUGAAAAUCAGGGAUUAUAGUUACAGAGUCUUACAGAGCUGUUUUAAGCCACGUCCUUUUAUAUCCCCUUACUGAAGUGUUUUUUAUCCUGGCCUGGGUACUAUAGAAAAUCUAUCUCCAGGAUAGCAGUAAAAAGCAUGGUAGAGAAUUUCUGCCCAGUAAAAAAGGAAACUAGAACAAGCAAAGGUGACAUGGUUGGUUUAGGACUGGACCAAGCAAACACAGUGACCCAGCCAGCUUGUAAAGCUUGUAUUUCACAGGGAUAUUAGAAUGCAAAGUUAUUGGAGUUUCUGUAACAAUUUAAACUCUGUCACAGCUGGGAAAGGCACAAGAUUUACUAUGCCAAAUCAGACUGUGAAGAAGUUGUCCCUCGUGGCUGUGUCGUGCUGUGCUGUGUAGGAGGAAUCCCAGUGUUCUGAGGCCUCCAUCUCACAUUGCGAAAUGAGUCAAUGAUUUAUUCUGCAAGAUUGCUUAGCAGCAGUUCCUCUUAGUAUUUCUGCUCAACUUGCUGUCACUGGGCCAAAGCUUCUCAGGUGAUUUCAGGCAAUCUUUGCAAAAUUUGCAAUGAUGAAAAUCAUAUUCAAGUCCAUUUACUGGCAUACAUAAGUUCAUAGAGUACACUGGGAAGUCUGGAUGCUUAUAGGUGAUUUUUUUUUCUUCUGUACACCUAAGGUCAUGACUCCAAAGAGUCCUCUUUCACUUCUAGUUUUAAAUAUUUUUGCACCAAGCAGACACUUCUGCUGGAGCAAUGCAUUGUACAUACUGGUACACCAACCAAAGUCUCAUAGAUACAUGCUGAAAGUUGCAUAACAGUAAAUGCAGGCAGAAGGCUUCUGUGCAAAAACACAUUCCUACUAUUAGCUAACACCAUUCUGCACGGCUAAAAUAACUGCAGAGAGACCAUCAAGAAAAGUAGGGAAGGAAGGAACUUCUCAAGUUAGCAUGGUGUUUCAAAAGAUGCAUUAGUGAAUAACACGUAUGUAAUAUAUAUGCAAAUAUAUAACAGCCACUUUUUAGUACAAAAAAGGUAUUUUAAUUCAUUAGAAAGAAUCUCCCAUAGGAGAAGCAGUAAAAAAAAACCAAAACCCCAGCCCUCCAGCUAACAUAUCAUCAGAUUAUUUACAAAAUUUCACAUGCAAGAAAAAAUUUUCAACUUGACCACACUUCUGAAAUGCUUAUAAUUAUUGGUGGCAAGGGAUGAAAAGGAAAAAGCCUGACUGAGUAUGCAUGACUGGUUAUUAGAAAAAAGCCUUUUGGUCAGUUGAGAAAAUAUGAUGUGGAGUCAUUGACACAUAAAUGUGAAAUCUCCCAGGGAGAAGAGUUAUUUUUCAAAAGAAAGUCAUGCUUUGAAUACUGGGAGAAGUAAAAUGUAGGCAGUGGAUCUUCUAACCAAUUCAUUUAGAUAUAGUCUAAAAACCUACUGAGUGUUAGUGCAGUAUCAGUCUAUAGCAAUUAGAGGACAACCUAUUCUUGCACAACGCAGUUACGAAACAGUGGAAGCAAGCGGCUGAAGUCUAUCAGCUGAGAGCAUACCACUCAUAGAAAGCUCCCAAAAUGUCAGAAUCCCUCUAAAACACCACAAACCCUUCAGUGAAUUCUCACAGCUCAUGUCACAAAUGAUGGAUCCCACCAAAUACUGCUAAUUCAGAUUUAUUCUCCAAAUGGCAACUACUGUCUGGGUCAUCUUAGUGGUUCAGCCGAUACAUGAAAGUGAAGUUUGGUUUCUGCCAGUCUCUCUGUUACAAAGGGACGUGAUGCCAUCUCUCAAACUAUUAAACUGAUUCUGUAAAUCAGUGUACAAGAGAAGCGGAGGAUUCCUGAGGAAGUCAAACCCAGCCCCAGCCCCAGCCCCUUUUAGCUUCCUAAUGUAAUACCAGAUUGAGCAUAACAGCACUCAUGUAGUAAUCCUUACAGAGGAAAUUACCAGUCAGAGCAAACAGCAGUUACUGUAUGUCUGUAUAGGAGAUAGCGCUUCCUCCCAAUGAUAUAAGUGAAAGCACCUACUGCCGAAUUUUGAGCAACAAGUCACAAACGCCAAAUCCAGUGAAGUGAACACGUAGAAGCCCCUAUGAGAGCAGCAGAGAGGAGAGGCCAUCAAGAUCCCAACUCUUCUACUAAAGAUGACAACGCUUGAUCAGUGAUGCAUUCUCAUUUGUUUGACUCGAGCAAGUGUAUUAAGAGUCACUUAUAAGGCAUUGUACCAAUAACAACAGCCUGCUAUGUUUGCUAUGCAUGCAUACUAACCUUUAAGUAAAGAAGCUCUCUGUCUUUG